AUGCCAAUGAACUGGGUAAAAAUCAUACCCAGAUUGUCGGGGUUUGCUGUAAAACACCACAUUCCACGUACUCACAACGUUCGGCUUUUUUCUGUCGCUUCGAGGUUUCAAAACCAAUCACAGAUCAGUUACGCUGGAGCGGAAUUGCUCAAAUCUUUGGGAGGAGAUACCAGCCAGAAGCUCGUGGAUGUCUCAAAAGUGCUUGUUAUUGGAUCGGGAGGGCUUUCUAUUGGCCAGGCUGGUGAAUUCGAUUAUUCGGGUUCUCAAGCGAUCAAGGCGUUGAAAGAAGCCAAUAAAAAGUCAAUUUUGAUCAAUCCUAACAUUGCCACGAACCAGACAUCGCACGCGUUGGCAGAUGAAAUAUACUACUUGCCUGUGACUGCUGAGUACAUUACUUAUAUUAUUGAAAGAGAGAGACCAGAUGGUAUCUUGUUGACGUUUGGAGGUCAAACUGGUUUGAAUGUGGGAGUUAAAUUGGACAAGAUGGGAGUUUUCGAAAGGUACGGAGUCAAGGUGUUGGGUACACCCAUUAAAACUUUAGAAACUUCUGAAGAUCGUGAUUUAUUUGCCAAAGCUUUGAAGGAAAUUGAUAUUCCAAUUGCCGAAUCGAUUGCGGUGGAAACCGUCGAUGAUGCUCUUGCGGCAGCGAAAAGUGUUGGCUACCCCAUUAUUGUGAGAUCUGCCUACUCAUUGGGUGGAUUAGGAUCUGGAUUUGCUGCAAAUGAGGAAGAAUUGAGAGAUUUGUCUUCUCGUUCAUUAUCAUUGGCUCCGCAAAUUUUGGUGGAAAAGUCUUUGAAAGGAUGGAAGGAAGUUGAAUACGAGGUUGUUAGAGACCGCGUGGGCAACUGUAUCACCGUGUGCAAUAUGGAAAACUUUGAUCCACUUGGUGUCCAUACUGGUGACUCCAUUGUGGUGGCCCCAUCUCAGACUCUCAGUGAUGAAGAAUACCAUAUGUUGAGAUCUGCUGCCAUCAAGAUUAUCCGCCAUUUGGGUGUCGUUGGUGAAUGUAAUGUCCAAUAUUCCUUACAACCUGAUGGACUCGACUACAGAGUGAUCGAAGUCAAUGCUCGUUUGUCUCGUUCUUCAGCUUUGGCAUCCAAGGCUACAGGUUACCCACUUGCAUACACUGCCGCUAAGAUUGCACUUGGCCAUACUCUCCCCGAGUUGCCCAAUCCAGUCACCAAAACCACCUCUGCUAAUUUCGAACCUUCGUUGGAUUACAUGGUCACCAAGAUUCCAAGAUGGGACUUGGCAAAAUUCCAGCACGUUAAAAGGGACAUUGGUUCUGCCAUGAAAUCUGUCGGUGAAGUCAUGGCAAUUGGCCGUAACUUUGAGGAGUCGUUCCAAAAGGCAAUCAGACAAGUUGACCCUUCGUAUAUUGGUUUCCAAGGUGACACUUUUGAAGACUUGGACGACGUUUUGCAAAACCCUACCGAUAGAAGAUGGUUGGCAGUUGGUCAAGCAUUACUUCACGAGAACUACUCGGUUGAUAAGGUGCACGAGUUGAGUAAAAUCGACAAAUGGUUCUUGUACAAGUUGAUGAAUAUCGUCAACAUGUACCGUGAAUUGGAAGCCACUGGUCUGUUGGAAAAAAUUAACUCUGACUUGAUGUCAAAGAGCAAAGAAAUUGGGAUUUUCAGACAAGCAAAUUGCACUUUGUGUCAAGUCUACUGA